AUGCAUCCAUCUACAGAGUGCACGAUAUUAGGAGGUUGGUGUGAUAUUCCAGUUAAGAACUUAGAACGGAGGAUUCUCAGAGCCCUUAAGCACUAUCUAAAAGAACACAAACAACCGGGGGUAAAGAAGGUUUUUGCGUGCAGCUCAAAGUGUGUUUGCGGACAACUGAUACGCGUACUUUAUGCAUCAUCCAAUGGGACCUGCCAUCAGGCUGUCAUUCACGAUGAUAUUGAUCGGCUUUAUGUAAGAUCUAUUGAGGAGCAUAGUCCUGCAUGA